AUGGAGCCCCGCCCCGUGACGGCGGAACCGUCUAACAAACGGCCGCGGUCUCCUGGAGGCGACCACCCGCAGUCCUAUCAGUCCAAAAUGCCCAAGACACACUCCAAUCACCUCCAGAUCAACUAUCUCGCACGCCAGUACCCGGAUAAUCUACCUCUAGUCGCGCCGGACGACACCAUGCCCGCGAUCAUCCACUUGAUUAGCGAAUACGACGGAGUGCUUCAUCGCCAUGAAAGUAUUGCCGGAAACUUGGGCGCAUGCCCGUUGGGUCCGAUUCUGAUCAAACGCUUUGAGCGCCUGUUCGAUGGUCCCCCGCGCGUACUCAAGUCGCACGGCAAGGAUGGUCCCACGGUCACUUGGUUGGAUGUGGUUGAAUUCGCCAAGAAUAAGCCGGAGCAGUUUAAUCUGGAAAAAUCGCGGAAUGGUGCGCGCGUUUGCCAGUUCUAUACGAAACAGUGUCGAGUAGAGAUUAGUGAGGAGGACUUUGUGCUUAUUGCGUCGGGCAUGCCGCAGAAGAUGAUCCCUCCGCAACCUAUCAUUGAAGAUGAAGAGAAGGAGUUGGGUGCGCUGGAGAUUUUGGAGAAGAAUCUGCAACAAAUCAUUCAAAUGGCUGACCAAGUCUCCGCUCGAGCCCGUCAGCUUAGCUACCGUCUAAAGAACCGCCGGACCGCAAUCGUCAGCCGUCGCGAAAACGAUGCCUCUCUCAAUGCGCAAACGCGCGCUGCUGCUGCCGAUGUCUGGCGUGAUAUGAAGGCCCCCGGUCCUACCAACGGGCAAUCAACUGCCUCCCCAUCGGGGUUUGUGGCAGUUAAUGCGAACCGGCCAGAAGGCGACUCGGAAGAAAGCCCGCUUCCAUCGCAAUUCAUGUUCUCUCAUUCGAAUACGGAAAAUAUCACCAUUAUCAACGGAACCUCGAUCAAGGGCGCUUCACCCACGACGCGAGCGGAUCUCAUGAAGAAGUUUUUUACAACGGCUGACCGACAAGCUCGUGGCUAUGACGAAGUAACCGGUACGACCAAUCCGAUCCAGCCUCGACCUCGACCUCAAGCCUCCGAUCCAGCGGAGUACAGCAUCUGGAACAGUAACAACAACAAUGGCAGCGCCAGCGGCAAUGGCACCGGCACUGGUGCUGGCAGCGGCAACAACAGCAGCAACAACAUCCUUAACAAUAGUACGACACCGGUAGCCAUCCCUGGAACUCCAUCCUCAUUACUACCACCACCGAAGACUACCCCACAGGAAAAGGAUGACGGAGGCCCGUUCAAGCUGGAGAUGGUCGCACGGAUGGAGGAGCUUCAGCGCGGCGAGCGAGUUAGCCCACCCUGUGACCGAUGCCGUCGCCUUCACAUGGACUGCCUCAAGAACCUGACCGCCUGUAUGGGCUGCACCAAGAAGCACGCCAAAUGUUCCUGGCGCGACGUCAAAGAAGACGAAAUCCGAGCCCCAUGGGGUCCAUCAGCACCCCGCGAGCCCCGAGAAAUCCGCGAGUCCCACGAGCGCAUGGAAGACGACCGCCUCCCACCUCUAAAUCUACCAGGUCUCGUGCCCUCCCCGGGCGCCCCGAUCUCUGCUGAACGAGAGCGCUACGGGCGUCUAGAGCGGCCAGCCCGCGCCUCCGAGACCCCCAGCGACCCGCAAUACUCUCAGCACAACCGCCGCGAGUCUGCGCCUGGUGCGCCCCACAUUAGCCCCGGCUCGGGCGCGUCGAUGGGUCUGCCCGCAUCUGAUAAAUCACCCCGCCGUGCCAUGAGCGAGACGGAGGGUGGUGGUCGUGGACAGCAUCAUGGGCCCCCUCCUCGACAUGCGGAGGACGAUGAUCCCGAUGCGAAUCAGCGGCUAAUGCAGGCCAUUCUUGAUACGGUAGAUCACCAUGCAAGGGUGGCGGCUGCCGUGCAGGAGAAGGAGCGCGGUGCCGAGCGUGCUGGAGAGAGUCAGCCGAAUCCUCAUAAGGAGCGGGAUGUCGAACGAGAGCGUGAGCGAGAACGAGAAAGGGAGCGCGAACGUGAGCGCGAUCGAGACCGAGACCGGGACCAUGAGCGACGCAUGGUGCAGGCUUAG